GAUGUCAUUACAUCGCUGUUCCACGCGAUGGCCAUAUGCAGCAAAGAUAGUGAUUUUACCGGCUGUUGAGAAGCAGAAGGAAUAAAACGAGCAUGCUGUCAUGCAGUAUGCAGUAGAAGUUCACACUUUGGAGUUUCAAAGACAGACAGACGUCUCUAAAGAAACAUGGCCGGGAAUAUAAAAGACAAAGAAGCAUAUCAACGCCUGAACUUCCUCUAUCAGGCUGCUCACUGCGUUUUGGCUCAAAAUCCAGAGAAUACUGAACUGGCAAGAUUUUACUGCCUCACUCAGAAGACCAUCUCCAAACGACUGGUGCUCAGACAAGAUCCAUCAGUAAAGAGAAACAUUUGCAAAAAAUGCUGCACUUUACUAAUACCAGGUGUCACAUCAACUGUACGACAAAAAAGAGGACAGAUGCAACAACGUAAGACUAUUGUGCGAUGUUUAAGUUGUGGACUGACUAAACAGUUCCCAAACAACCCAAAACACAAACUGUGGGUGGAUCAACCUGAGGCUCAACUAGAAAACCAGACCUCGCAAGCUGCUGGUCCUUCGUCGAAGUCCGCAACCCAAGAGAAGAAAUCUGAUAUGGGCUCAGCCUCCACGACAGCAAAGACUUCGUCUACAGCUCAAACAAAUGUGACUAAACCUUCAUGACACUGUACAUGCAUUAAUAUAACUAGUUAAACAAAGUGAACUUUUGGGGUGGUAUUUAGUUUUUUUUAUUUUUGUUUACAUUUUUAGCCUUUAGAUGCAUUUUUUUUUAUUUUUCUGACAUUACGUGCAAUAUUGUUUUUCUUCCGCAUUGAAUGAAUGUUUUGAAUUGCAAUAAAGUGAUUCUACUGUAAGUGGCUGAUUUACAUUGCUAAUGAUUUUUAUUCUGUACUUUUAUGCAUGCUUUAAUAUCAUUGAACUCUAUAUGGCUUCCUGCAACAGAAGCGUUUUCUUUUAUCGCCCGGAGCGUAUGGAAAUCUGGUGGGAAUUCAGCUGCCUGCAUAAAAAUUGAUUGAUCUACUGUUGCUAAAUUACCUCUUUAUCCAAACCAUCAUGUGGAUAUUUCACUUAGACAUGCAGCUUACACUUAUUAAUGCGUUUUAGAACAAUGUUUUGAUUUUUUUUCAUCUUCUAAGGCCUUAGUGCUUUUUUUUUUCUCCAGUCAGUUGAUC